AUGGGGUUGGCCAAAAUGGAGAAUGAGACGGAUGCUUCCGCAAGUAAUAUUGAGCGGAAACGCCCUGCAGCACAGAGGCGAACGUCUUUAUAUGGCGGUGCUCGACUCCAACGGUGUCAAGAGAAACGUUACAAAAUGAGUAUAUCCAAUAAAAACGGCCUGAAACGUCAGCGGCCGAGUUUAGUACAGUGCUUCCAGGCAGCGACCGCCGGAUUUGGAAACAGAACAACGAGGCAACACCAUUCCACGCACCAGUUAGUGAUGGCCUGCGCCACGAUGCCAUCAAAACGCUACAAACACGUACUGCGGGUAUACCGAAGGGUAAAAACACUACUGGAAUAA